AUCAUCAUCAGGAAUCCAAGUCAAGCCGAGAAACAGCUGUGCCGGUCUGUGCUUGUUCCUGCAACAUCGACGUUCCUUCUGUUGUGCACAUGAUGGAUUCAAUCACGUAUGAUAGUGCACAGUUCAUGAAGACCCUCCUGGAAAAAUACGAUAAGAUACGAGGACUCUGUCCUAGUAAGCAUGACUUCGCCUUUUGGGAUGUCGUAGCAAUAUCUGCAGCGGAUGAGGAACAAGCAAAGUCCUUUGAAUUACAGAUAAGCAAGAAGCGAGAAUUACUACGUAUACCAGCAGUACAAUACCACGUCUUCCCCGAUAUCUCUGGCACGAAGAUGGGCUCGGGAGGCUCAACACUGCAUAUUCUCGAAAGCUUGGAAGCACGUUACAGUUCUAGCCUCUUCGAGAUGAAAAUACUCCUGAUUCAUGCUGGAGGUCAAAGCAGGCGCCUUCCAAGCCACAGUGUUCUCGGGAAGCUGUUCUCUCUUCUCCCAGUGCUGGCCUCAGCUGUUGUGGACAUGUUAGACCUGAAGCUGGCACUCUACUUGCCCUUCCUCACAAAAAUGAAACCUGGGAUUUUCCUAACCUGUUCAGAUGACAUUGAAACUUAUGCCCUGUUUGACUGGGAUAAAGCAGGAAUUAAAAACAUCUUCGAAGCAGAAGGCUUCACAGCUCUAGCUCACCCGUCUACAAUUGAUGUCGGAACAACUCACGGAGUCUAUGUUCUUCCACCUGACGUACAAGCGACUGAAUCGUGCACGGUGACUUCCUGCCUCGAAGUACUUCAGAAACCAAGUGUAGAAUUAAUGCAGAGCAAGGGGGCAGUUGUAAAGGUACAAAGGAAAGAUUCUGCAGAUGAAGAAUUCGUGUACACUGACAGUGCCUUCUUUUUCGGCACAAAGGUGAUGAGAACAAUGCUGCAAUAUUACAAAGCUGCAAAACCAAUUUCCACGGAAAUUGAUGCCUACAAAGAUUUCUUAGAAAAGCUUGGGUCACGCUCACAUGUCCCUACUGACAAAUGGUCUGCCGGAGACGUGCUCACUCCAAUUCAAGAUGCACUGGCUCAGUUUCCAUUGCAGGUUCUGGUCAUACCAAAGUCAAGGUUUUAUCACAUUGGAACGAUGUCGGAAUACAUUGAUAACUUCACUACAAAUCAACAGUUUGUGACAGAACUGGGUCUGUCCAAGUUUACAAACAGCACUUUUGUCGACAAUAAUGGUGUCAAUAAGACUGGUCUCCAGUGCCUUACAAAUGUUGAAGGUGUAAUCAUGCACUCAAAAAUUCAUCCAAAUUCUACAAUAGGUGCCACUGUUGUAAUUGAACAUUGUAAGUUCUUGGUUCCUAUACAUGUUGAACAAAACUGCAUUCUAAGUAACUGUGAAGUCACUUCUGCUCCUGGAGAAGAACUCUGCAUUCCUGAUCAUUCUAUAUUUUUCACUGCAAGUGUACGAUCGUCCCACCUUAGCGGGUUUGUCACUGUAUCGUUUGGCAUAGGUGAUGACCUUAAAUGUACCUCGAAAUCUAGCAAAGAUGUCUCGUACUUCGGUGCGAGUCUUUACGAACUCGAAAGCUUGGAAGUUAUGCCCAUGAGAGGCUUGUUCGAAAAUUCCUCGUCAGAUUUCUCACUCUGGGAUGCAAAGCUUUUUGAAGUUAAGGAGACAAUGACAGAUGCAUUUCAUUCAACCCUGAAUCUGACACGCGCAAUCACCAACAGAGAGAAGACGACGGUAUCAUUCAACCAGAGGAUUAGCAUGAAGGAUGUUUUAAAUUGGAAGUGUGUUGAAAAGGUGCUGGCUUACCAGGAUGAAAUUUUUAUUUAAUUGUACAGGUACAUCGUACAACUUUGCACAAAUCAGCUGUAUCAAUAUUCCUGGAUAUUUUUAUACAAACUUGUAAAAAAUAAAUCAUCGAGAAAGUUUAUUCAGCA